AGUGUACCUUCCCAAGGCUACCUGGCUUUUGAAUCAAGGACUCGUGUUGUGACGGAUAUUGUGGAGGAGCUGAGGAAUCCUAAUACCAACAAGAUUGGGGUUUGGGGAGUGGGUGGCGUGGGUAAAAGCACACUGGCGAAAGAAGUUUACCGACAAGCCAAUGAAGAGAAGUUGUUUGAUGGUGUUGUUAUUAUAGUAGAUGUGAAGAAUUAUUCAGGCUCCGAAAAAUGCACUGAAAGGAUUCAAAAAGAAAUUGCUGAGAAGUUGGAUGUUGAGUUCCAUGAAGGUUUAACUGAAAGUGGAAGAGCACGUCAUCUCUGGGACAAGUUAAAAGAGAGGAAGAUUCUUGUGAUUUUAGAUGAUGUAUGGGAGAGAAUUGAAAUGGAGGUGGUGGGAAUUCCGCCAACAUGUAAUUUAUUGUUCACAUCUAGAAGUCGAGGCAGAUUAUUCUCUGAGAUGGAUAUACAAAAGGACUUCUGUCUUGAUACUUUGGGUGAGGAAGAAAGUUGGAGCUUGUUUGAAAAGAUGGCAGGUGGUGUGGUUAAAAAUGAGCCUAUAAGAGAAAAAGCAAUGCUUGUGUCGAAGAAGUGCGAAGGUUUGCCUAUUUUAGUCGUCACCGUUGCAAGGGCAUUGAGUAAUAGUAAUACUUUACAGGAGUGGAAAGACGCCUUAAGACGGUUAAAGAAGCUCGACAUGACAAGUUCAGAAGAAAAGGCGUUGCUGACUCUAGAGUGGACUUACGAUCAAUUGGAUGCUGAGGAGCUCAAGUCGUUAUUUCUGCUAUGUGCAAUUCGUACAUCGUUAAAGUGGUACAAUUCUAUAUAUCUUGAAGAUUGCUUCAAAUAUAGUAUGGGAUUGGGUUUGUUCAAAAACAUAGAUACGAUGGAAGAAGCACGUGAUGCAUUUCAUUCAUUAUAAAAGCUUCAAAAUUACUGUUUAUUGCUAGAGAAUACUGGUGGUAGUAAGAAGUAUGUCAGAAUUCAUGAGCUUCUUCGCAAUGUUGCUAUAAGGAUUGCGCGCAGAGACAAACACGCCCUCGUAAGUGUAGAUGGAGAGGAGUUUAACACAUGGCCGAAUAAGGAAUUCUUCAGAAAAUGCUCUUUGAUUUGGAUUCAUCAAUCCAAACUUCCCAAAUUUCCUGAAGUACCUUGGGAAUGCAGAGAACUAAAACUGCUGCAACUUGAUUUUAGAGAUGAUUCGGCGGCACUGCCGGGCAAUUUAUUUGAAGAUAUGAAGAAACUCCAAGUAUUGGAUCUGUCUGCACUUCAUAUUCCCUCACUACCUCCAUCUCUUCAAUUCCUAACAAAUCUCCAAACUCUGUGUUCAGAUCGGUGUGUUUUGGAGGACAUAGCUCUAGUUGGACAGCUAAGAAACAUGGAAAUUCUUAGCUUGGCUAGAUCCAAAAUUAAACCGCUGCCUGAAGAAAUAGGGCAAUUGACUCGUCUAAGGUUGUUGGAUUUGACGGGUUGCUCCGAACUUGUACUGAUUCCACCAGAUGUUCUAUCAAGCCUGAAAAGUCUUGAGGAUCUGAAAAUGGGAAGAGACAGCUUUAGGCAAUGGGAGGCUGAAGGAAACGUGGGUAGCAAAAGAACAAAUGCCAGCCUUUCAGAGUUGAAGCAGUUGUCUAAGCUAACCGCAUUAGACAUCCAUAUUUCAGAGGCUAGCAUUCUUCCAUCAGGCUUGUUCUUGCACUUGGAAAGAUAUCACGUAUUCAUUGGUGAAGAGUGGGAGUGGCUUCCAUUUGAUGAUAGUUUCAACACGCUAAAGCUGAAGCUGGCAAGAAGCAAUCAAUUGGACAGUGGCCUAGAAAUGUUGGUGAAGAGAUCUGAGCAUUUGUACUUGGAUGUGAUAGAAGGCGUCAAUGAUAUAUUUCAUAUAUUAAAUAGUGAUGAUUGUAAUCAGCAACUGAAACAUCUUCAUGUCCAAGACAAUGCUGAGAUAGUGGUAAAAUACCGAUUGUUUUUCUUGAAUUGA